AGAGCGGCCCGAGGUGGCUCGUUGGUUUGGUGUAAUUGACAGAGUAGAAGAGUAACGCUAACUUGGCCGCAGUAGUUAGUGAGGUGCUUAAUAUUGACUUGGACUUUGAAGGAAUACGCUUUGAGCACAAAAUUUGCUCAAGUCAGCCACGAGUGGGGCUGUUCAUUUUCGUUGCCUCUGGACAUUUGAUAACUGACAACAACUGGUUGGUUAGCAUUAGCUAACUAGCUAGGAAGCUUCCGAAAAGUAACGCAAGGUUUGAUUCAGUCAUGUCUUCGGCCGGAGACUUCGGAAACCCUUUAAGAAAAUUUAAACUGGUCUUUCUUGGUGAACAGAGCGUGGGAAAGACUUCAUUGAUCACCAGGUUCAUGUACGACAGCUUCGACAACACCUACCAAGCCACAAUAGGAAUUGAUUUCCUGUCGAAAACUAUGUAUCUUGAAGACAGAACAAUUAGGUUGCAGCUGUGGGACACAGCGGGGCAAGAGCGAUUUCGUAGCCUCAUCCCAAGUUACAUCAGAGACUCUGCAGCUGCAGUCGUAGUUUACGACAUUACAAAUGUCAACUCUUUCCAGCAAACCACAAAAUGGAUUGAUGACGUGAGAACAGAAAGAGGAAGUGACGUCAUCAUUAUGUUGGUGGGAAACAAGACAGACCUUGCAGAUAAAAGGCAAGUAUCUAUUGAAGAGGGUGAGCGGAAAGCCAAAGAACUAAAUGUAAUGUUUAUUGAGACUAGUGCGAAAGCGGGCUACAACGUAAAGCAGCUUUUCCGUCGUGUGGCAGCUGCCCUCCCUGGCAUGGACACCACACAGGACAAGAGUAGAGAGGACAUGAUUGACAUUAAGCUGGAGAAACCACCAGAGCAACCUACCAGUGAAGGAGGCUGUUCCUGCUAAUGUUUCUAUCUAAUACAUUCAGUUUUUCUGCGCCCAUAUCCUUCACUACAUCCUCCACUGUCCCCCCCCAGCCUGAAAGAGAACACUACAUCCGUUAUCCUCGCCAUCAUGGAAGUCUGGUAGCCCAUCGGGCUGCUCUGAAAGUCACUUCAGUUGUACUUAAAUUGAAUAUUUGCACUGUAACACACAUGCAUUGAAACAUAUUGAAACAUUGCAUAUUUACGCUUGAACUAAGCCUUCUGUCAUUUCAGCAGAGAUGGUAGUACAAGAAAAAUGAGAAUAGUUUGUGCGUAAAGAUGAUUUUGAACCAAACUGAAAGACAAUGUGUGUCAAAUUCAUCAAAUCAAUGUAUUUGUCUAAGAGUGAGAAUCUUUAUUAAAAAAAAAAAAAGAAGAAGAAGUAAAUAUUGCUUUAAGCUUAAUAAGCACAAUGUGAAUGUGUUGUGUGCAUUUGUCAGUUAACACAAUAAGCGCUUUUGUAUUUGAUUGGCCGAAGUUAAUUUAGGUGUUUUCUUCAAACUAUUUUGUUUUUAACAUUUUGGGAUAAAAUGAGGAAAAGGUUGUAGGAUUGUUUCAAAGUAAAUCAUUAUUUGGAGUGCUGGGUGUAGACAUGUAUACUACACACCCAUGAAGUGUGAGCUAGGAGCUUAUUUUAAACUUGAGUCACAGUUCUCCCAACACGACCUGCACAGUCACGCAGUCUCACACCUACACACCAUGGAAACCAGCACAAAUGCAUAACAUGACUGCAUCAAACACAUUACCGUCCUUCCUCCUCUGCCCACACGUCUAUUGAGAUGGAUUAUUUUUACCUUGGCUUCCAUUUUCUAUUACUUUCUAUUUGGAUAGAUUUUUAUUUCCCUAAAGACUACAGCUGACAUAGAUUAAAACUUUCUUUGAUAGUGUUUGUAGAUUUUCUCAUAAAUCCGACAAUAGACAUUAGAUGUGGAGAUAUAUGCCUUUUGGAGUUGAAUUGUAGAGGGCUUCCUUGGCUUUGGAUUUAUCUAAUUAGGUUUGUUAUGCCGUUUUAUCAACACUUCCUUGUUUUUAUUUUUUGGCAUUGAUCUCUUGUUAGUGAUGAUUCUACAUAUGUAUUUAAUCCACAAUGACUUGUAAUAUUUAUUUCUAUCAAAUUCCUGUUUCUUUUGUAUGGCUGUUAAUAUCUUCACUUUGGGUAUGAGUCGCUAAUAAAAUAUGCAUCCAAACUGGACCACCUAUGACACUCAGCAGAGAGCGACUGCUGUUUCACGUGCUGCCUCGAAGUGGCAGUUUGAUCAUACUGAAAAUAUUGUGCAAUUUUUGUGUAAAACUACAGGCGAGAGUUCAGUUUGUAUAGCGUUGUAGUCCUUAACGUUUCUGGAAUGGAUUCAAAUGAAAGAAUAAAAGUAAACUUGUC